AUAAGAGAUUUUGUUGGUUUGUUUAAUUUUUCGAAGGGAGGAAAAGAGACUGCUUAUCGAUCUCAUCGUCGUCUUCCCCAGAAGCUCCAUAUCGAAGAGCAGUUGUUGCGGGAGGAAGUCGUCAAUGGCGGAAGAUAGUGAGACGAAGAAGGUGUUCGACGCUGAAGCAGCGGCUUCGCUAAUGAAGGAGCUGAGAGGAACCUACGCUUCUGGAAAAACGAGGAGCUAUGAGUGGAGAGUGGCGCAGUUGAAGAAUCUGAUGAAAAUCGUCGAUGAUCACGAGAAAGAUAUCCUCGACGCUAUUCGUGCUGACCUUUCCAAGCCCGAGCAAGAAUCCUACAUCGCCGAGAUUUCUAUAAUAAAGUCAUCCUGUACGCGUGCACUUGGGGAAUUAAAUCGAUGGAUGAAACCAGAAAAGGUUAAAACUUCAAUAACAACUUUUCCUUCAUCAGCAGAAAUAGUGUCAGAACCAUUGGGUGUAGUAUUGAUCAUUGGAGCAUGGAAUUUUCCUUUGUUGUUAGCUCUUGAUCCAGCUAUUGGAGCUAUUGCAGCUGGUAAUGCUGUGGUUUUGAAACCAUCAGAACUUUGUCCUGCCACUUCCUCAUUGAUUGCCAAACUUGUUGGGAAAUAUUUGGAUAGCUCUUGCAUAAAAGUUGUUGAGGGGGCUGUGGCUGAAACAUCUGCAUUACUGGAGCAAAAGUGGGACAAAAUAUUCUUUACAGGUAGUGGAAGAGUGGGACGAAUUGUGAUGGCGGCUGCUGCAAAGCACCUUACACCUGUAGCUUUGGAGCUUGGGGGGAAAUGUCCAGUUGUCGUUGAUUCAGACAUUAAUUUACCUGUUGCAAUUAGGCGGAUAGCAGGGGGCAAGUGGGCAAGCAAUAAUGGACAAGCCUGCAUUGCUCCUGAUUAUAUUAUCACAACAAAAGACUUUGCUCCAAAGUUGAUAGAUGCUCUGAAACAUGAAUUGGAGGCGUGGUACGGAAAGGAUCCAUUGGAAUCAAAAGACUUGGCCCACAUUGUGAAUUCUAAUCACUUUGCUCGCUUGGCGAAGCUCUUGGAUGAUGAUAAGGUUUCGGGUAAGAUUAUCCAUGGAGGUCAAAGGGACAAAGCCAACCUGAAGUUUGCUCCCACCAUCUUGCUGGAUGUCCCAGAAGACUCUCUGGUCAUGAAUGAGGAGAUAUUCGGUCCUUUACUUCCCAUUCUCACGGUUGACAAAUUGGAAGACAGCUUUGACAUGAUAACCUCAAGAGGGAAGCCACUUGCAGCAUAUCUAUUUACCAACAACAAGAAGCUCAAGGAGAAGUUUGUGAAAACAGUCUCUGCAGGGGGUUUGGUCAUCAAUGACACUGUUUUACAUUUUGCAGAGAAGACUCUCCCUUUUGGAGGAGUUGGAGAGAGUGGAAUGGGUUCAUACCAUGGGAAGUUCUCUUAUGAGGCUUUCAGCCAUAGAAAGUCAGUUCUUUACAGAGGUUUUGCUGGGGAUGCAUCUGCAAGGUAUCCCCCAUACUCGGAUCGGAAGCUAAAGUUACUCAAGGCUCUGCUCAGUGGGAGUGUCGUUGGUGUAAUCCUUGCUCUGAUUGGAUGGUCUUAGGUUUGAAAUAUCUUUAAAAUGUGCCAUCUUCCAGUAUUACUUCUCUUUGUUUAUUUGUAUUCUACAUUACUCAAUCCAGCAUGCCUUGGAUCCUCUUAUUAAUUAUAUAUAUAAUACAUGCAGGUGAGAUAAUAAAAUA